UCCAGGAGGAGCAGGAGCAGAAGAAGCUAGCUAGCAAACUGGACUGAAGCUGGGAUUGGACUGGAUUUGAGGGCUUUUCUUGCAAACCAGUCCAUCUAAACUUUUAAAAAGUUAGCUUAGCUUCAAUACAUAGCUUUAGUAGCCUGUAACUUAGCUAGAUAGCUAGCUGACUGACUGACUGUGUGUGUGUUAAUGGAAAGGGGUGGGGGUUGAAGUAGUUACAGCUGCUGCUGCUGCUGCUGCUGCUUCUUUAUGGUCGUCCACUGUCUUUGGAAGAAGAGGAUAAAGGAGAUAGCUGGAUGAUAGAGACGCACCAUACAACAAACAAGCCGUGCCUUUUCCUAGCUAGCUUGCUAACCUAGCUAACCUACUCUCCAUGAUCUCCACCGCCCUUCGCCUGGAUGCUUUCCCAGCAGAUCUGCUGCUCCAUGUGAUGAAUGAACGUAUUCACACACACAGCGGGGCUCAAAGCGCACUGGAGUACCUCCAAACAAGGCUCUCGGAUCUCACACUACGCUCAUCCUAGCGAGUAUCGCCUUUGUUGAGCUUUGUUUUCUUGUUUUCCUCUAAACCCGAGCUGCCUUUUGUGCCAAACAUCACAGCGGAACCCAGAAACGCACGGUUUGUCUCUUAGUUUGGAGCAGAAAAAAGGCAGCGGCUCUUGGAUUUCCCUUUGUGUUGCUCCUGCCAGGCCCUCGGAUCCGCUCUCAGAGACGGGGUUAGUCCUCCCUCUACUCGUCAGCCUCCAAAAUAGAUUCUCUCAGGAGUAAGGUUGAGCUGCUGAAGCUGCCGCUGGCCCUCUCCUCCAAAUCCAUCUCCGAGCGCAAAACACAGCUGAGCGGAGCAACAGAGCGUUCCAGGGGUGGAGCUGGGGCCCACAAACCCCGCCCACCGGCCCCAGACAUGGACAACGAGUCGCAGUACUCGGGUUAUUCCUACAAAUCCUCCCAUUCUCGCAGCUCUCGCAAGCACAGAGAUCGGAGAGACAGACACCGCUCUAAGAGCAGAGACAGCAGAGGGGACAAAUCAGUCACUAUCCAGGCCCCUGGAGAGCCCCUGCUAGACACAGAGUCCACACGCGGAGAUGACCGGGACGAUAACUGGGGUGAGACCACCACAGUGGUAACGGGUACAUCAGAACACAGCGUCUCUAAUGAAGACCUGACGAGAGCGUCUAAAGAGCUGGAGGACUCGACUCCUCUGGAGUGCAGACGCUUUGCCGGUCCCGUGCUGAGUGGUAUUUUGGGUCUUUUCGCUCUGCUCACACCGCUGGCCUUCCUGUUGCUGCCGCAGCUGCUGUGGCGGGAAUCGUUGGAGCCCUGCGGGACGCCCUGCGAGGGCCUCUACGUCUCGUUGGCCUUUAAGCUCCUGGUUCUGCUCAUCUCGUCCUGGGCCCUGUUCCUGCGGCCGCCCCGCGCCACCCUCCCGCGCUUCUUCGUCUUCCGCUGCCUCCUCAUGGCGCUUGUCUUCCUCUUCGUUGCCUCCUACUGGCUCUUCUACGGGGUGCGGGUGCUGGAGCCCAAGGAGAAGGACUACAGGGGGAUUGUGGGAUAUGCAGUUUCUCUGGUUGAUGCCUUGCUGUUCAUUCAGUAUCUGGCUCUGGUGCUGCUGGAGGUGAGGCACCUAAGGCCUGCAUUCUGCCUUAAGGUGGUGCGUACCACAGAUGGAGCCAGUCGCUUCUACAAUGUGGGUCAUCUCAGUAUCCAGCGGGCUGCAGUGUGGGUUCUGGAUCAGUACUACAGUGACUUUCCUGUUUAUAACCCAGCUCUGCUCAACCUACCAAAGUCCAUCCUCUCCAAAAAGAUGUCUGGCUUCAAGGUCUACUCUCUGGGUGAAGAAAACAGCACCAACAACUCAACCGGCCAAUCACGAGCAAUGAUCGCAGCUGCAGCUCGCAGGCGGGACAAUUCCCACAACGAGUACUACUAUGAGGAAGCUGAGAUGGACCGCAGAGUCCGCAAACGCAAAGCCAGGCUUGUGGUGGCAGUAGAGGAGGCGUUCACACACAUCAAGCGUUUACAGGAAGACGAACAGGCCACGUCACCCAAACACCCACGCGAAGUGAUGGACCCACGAGAAGCGGCUCAGGCCAUAUUUGCACCGAUGGCCCGCGCCAUGCAGAAGUACUUGCGGACCACAAGGCAGCAGCCUUACCACAGCAUGGAGAGCAUCAUCGCCCAUCUGCAGUUCUGCAUCACGCACAACAUGACACCAAAGGCUUUCUUGGAGAGAUACCUGACUCCUGGACCCACCAUGCAGUACCAGCGGGAGAAUGGCAGGGGGCGCCAGUGGACACUCGUGAGCGAGGAGCCUGUGACGUCGGCGCUGCGUCAGGGUCUUGUCUUCUCUCUUCGCCGGCUUGACUUCUCCCUGGUCGUUACAGUGACGUCCCUGCCCUUCCUUAACCUGGGGGAGGAGUUCAUUGACCCCAAGAGCCACAAGUUUGUUAUGAGGCUGCAGUCUGAGACAUCAGUGUAGGAGAAGGGUUAUUGAAGAAAGGGGAAAUGUGAAAAAAGAUCAGACCAGAGGAUGGGAGGAGAUUGAGAGGAAGGGGGAUCGUUGGUUUAGAGCAGGAAAGAGGGAUAGAACCACUUUCUAUUUUUAAAAAAGUCAUUUUUUAUUCCUUUAUUCCUUCAGAAACUGCCCACUUCUCAGAGACUGCUUCUCGUUUCUGAUUCGGACUGAACGGUUCUUUAUGCAUUUCUGACUCAAGACUUUAAGACUGUUUGCAUUCCCCAUUUCAUUUCCAUUACAUCUAUAACACGUCCAUAUCCAUACUGCAUGAACUCUACCGGUGGUGUUGAACUAGUGGACCACAGCACCGCCGCACUGCUCAGUUUGGUCAUAUCCCUCUCUAAAGCAUCUGAUUGGACUCUUAUAGAUAACAGACAGAUAUAUGAAUAAAUUAAAGGAAGUGAAAAUGACAGCUGACUACCUUUAUGUAGAAAGGACCUCGCCCAGGAGGAGGAAUUGGGUCAGAGUCAUAACAUCUGUGACAUUCGUACAGAAGCUGACCAAACAGUUCGUUGGAAGUUUUAUUUUGGAAGGCAGCUUAUUUUUCUUAGAAAGGGGAAGAUACUUCUUUCAAAAACAUACAUGACCACUGUCAAGUCAAACAACUGUAAAAGCAAGGCAUGAAGCAUCCCCUAGCUUGCCCAGAUCGAGCAAUUUAACAACAAUAAUCUGUUUAAAUUAAUAUUUUUGUGUGUAUUUAAAGUAAUUCAGAGUGGUUUGGUGUGAAAUGCUCUUUCCUAAAGAAACUAAACUAAAAAAUAAAUAAUACAAAAAUUCAGGUCACAGUGGUGGUGAAUGGAGCUUCUGAAUUGGAGAUUAAUGCCUCAAAACAACAUAUUUCACAAAUGUAUUGCAUAAUACUGUGAUUUAUAUCCUGCCUCAUUGCUUGGGAAUUCUUUCUCAAAAGAGAACUCCGGUGUAAAAUUGAUCUUGGGUGUUAUAAAACAUGAUAAAGUACUAAGUAAAUUUUUGCAGUUUCUCCAAAUAUGCUUUAGAAUCAAUGAUAUGGGGCAUAUUUUCCCCCUGCAGAUCAAUCACUUUUUACACUGUUAUCCAGGCUCAAAGUAGCUCCACACCUUAUUGGUAGAAUCCGGAGAGCCCUUACAUUUGAAACAAGGCAUUAGGAACUUUAAAACUGCAAAAUAAGCUUAUUUAAAAAACACUGUUUACAACCUGUAGUGUAAUCUAAUCUCAGAGCACUGCAAUCUUAAGGUAAAGGUGUUUUUAAAUAGUCAAAAACCUCCUUUAAGAAGUGGGAGAGUUUUACAGAAUUGUCGCAAAAGUAAAACUAUUUCCCUUUUAAAAAUAAAGAAAAAGAAGCAAAUCUGCUGUUUUUGUAAUUGCAAAAAUAUUUUUUUUCCAAAUUACUUGUUUCAAGAUUGUCCAAUAGGCUCUGUUCCAGUUAAACAGACUUCAGGCUUAAGUUAUCUGGUUAAACAGAGAAAUCCAGCUUGCUUCUGGUCACCACCACUGCAAGACCAUUUGGACUAAAUGUUAACUUCUCAAUGAUUGUAAUCAGAAAUUUCGGAAACUACUUUGAACUGUCCUUCAAAUGUAAUUAAGGGUAUUUUAAAUUGGCAGUAUACACUGACAUGCCAUAUUGUCAAUGCAAUAGGAACUAGUAUCAUGUCCCAUGGAAGCUUACACAGACAAUUCUAGCCAGAUGCCAUCAGUCACAAUCAUUACCACCCACUAUAUGUAUGCUGGUGUUUAACUUGACUCACAAGAAAUACCUCACAGCGUAUAGAGGUGGAAACGAUUCUUGAUCAGUUUACAUACUGCUAUCCCAUGACUUUGGUCAUGCCAGUGUAGAAACGGGCUAUUAAACAAAUCAAGAAGCUUCUAAAAACUCAGUUUGAGCUAAACUGUGGUCUGGGUUUGACCAAGGGGGGCUUCAUCCAUGCUGCUGUAAACCAAACCUGAACAUUAUGACCAUCACUGACCAUAUGAGCCAAGUCCAUAUGAUAGAAACUGUCCAUCCAUCUAGUGUAGUCAUAUGUGAACAUUUUAUAUAUCUGUCCUAAUUAUUGGAAACUCUAUGAUAUGCAACUAACUGUAUCCACCUGUGAUUCAGGAGCUUUUAACACUAACUAUGCUGGACAUCUGUCUGCAAACAUCAUCAUCAAAGUAUCGAAAUAUCAAGAGAUGCUGCCUUCUGAGACCUUAAUACCAUGCCAAUAUCACGCCAUAUCAUUAGCAUGGUCAACACUACUGUAAUCAUCUCCAUUAUUAGACAUCUCCACUGACUCAACUGGACCACUGCAGGCCUUUCCUGGAGAUGGAGGGGUUCUGCUGCAUAUUUACAAUCAGACUUUCACUAUAUACCAUAUCAUUUCAGUGUCCCUUACACAGGGGACUCGUAUAUAAAGCAAGGGCUUGUUUAAAUAACAAUAAUAAUAAAAAAAAAAGCAUAUCCUUUACUCCUCAUCAGAGGCUUUAGGUUGCCUUGCCUUUUUGGAUCUUUGGAUCUCUCUCUGGAAUGUUUUAAACGGUUCACCCAACUUCUGUGAUCAAAAAGAACGUGUUUGGGUCCAGUUCCAAAGGAUCCGUUAGCAUGUUAUGCAACUGAGAUCAUGCUAACUGGUCUGCAGUAGCUGUUUUUUUUUUUUGUUUGUUUUUUAAACAUUUGUCUUCACGUUAAUUCGUGUCCAUGUUUCAGGGUGAGCUGUUUCUGUAAGUCUUUUGGCUGUGUCUUGUGUAUUGCAAUGUUUUUUAAAAAUAUUUUUAUUCUAAAGAAUCAAGAGGCCUUUUUGAUGAUUGUUCGUUUACAUUGCGUAAAUAAGAAACAAAAAAAACACUAAAGCAGUGGUUCCUAUACCAGCAGGGCGUUCGCCCUCUGAAUCUAGCUUUUCUGCAGAAUGAUGUCGCAAAUAGUUUGCCUAUAUUUAGGCGUUUAAACGCUAUGCUGAACAUAUAAUGGCUUCAACUGAACUUGCACCAGAAAAAAAAAAUUCACUAAUAUUCAAUAAGCCACUGGUUACGAUUGAAUGUGUGCCAAAUCGUCCCAUUCCAGUCAGAAACCAGACACAAUCCAUAUCUACGUUAACGUAGCAAAACUUCUCCUGCUCAGUUCCUUCGGUUAGUUGUGAUGAGCUUCAGCCACCAGGGUUAUGUACAUGGGCUAAUGUACCAACCAGCACCACCAGCACUGGUGGACCUUUGCCUUAGAACUCAGAAUUCAGGAGAAAUGGUUCCAUCACAACUUGAUAUACUUUUUAUUUUGGCAGCUUUGAGUCACUGUAGGUUUUUUUUAUUUUAUUUUAUUUUAUUCCUUUUGUAUAUAACUCUAAUUCUCACGUUUUAAAAAAAUCUGCAGCGAUACAGUGAAUCCACAGACUGAGAAACACAUUUCAUGUAGGUUGCUUUU